AUGUAUCCACGCGUGACAAUCGUAGCUGCUGCUAACCUCGGCUUGGUCAGUUUUGCUGAUCCCUCGUUGGCUGCAUCCGGUUACCAGACAGAGGCGUUCAAUCACACACGUCGAUUGAAUGCUCCCUUGGCUAAACCUUUACCGUGCCUGGCCAGUGAACAACCAGUUGUUGUGGUCUUUCCUGGCGGAUGCACAUACGGUGAGGUGGCUGCUUUACGGUUUGUCGCUGCCCGACAUCGUUGGAAUUUGUUGAUCGCAACUUCCGCACUACUGACCUCACGUGAUCUAUUCCAACAAGCCGGACAAGCAGCUUGUCACUGCGGGAGCGCGAAAAGCGCAAGUUGA